AUGUCUUCGCUGUCCCGCUGUGGCAGAAUUCAGAGUUUUUCUAACAAGCUCAUCGACCUGCGCUACCCACCGCCGGCUGAGGAGGGCGCUGUGGCCCCCGGAAUCCUGUCGGCCGGGGCGGGGAUGAUAGCACCGUGGGCGGUGCCGCAUGCGCAGCAGCAGGAGGCGAGGGGCUGCGGCGUGAAGUCUUCCCGUCGGAAAUCCAGUUCUCGCCGAGGGCGCCGGCCCGGCGGCUCUGUCGCUCUUGGCGUUGCGUGGGCGGCACCUUGGGGCGCAGAGGAGCCAACGGCAUCAUGCCCGCCACCACUAGGGCCAGAGACGCGUCUUCUCUGGACGGCCCUCCGGCAAAAGGAGAAAGGUGGAGGCCACGUCCCCAAAAGGUGGAAAGACUGUAUCCCAGUUUUACAGCACAUACCAGGGACUCGUUUCAUCGCUGUCAAAGUUCCUUUGAAAAAGGGAUUUUGGAUUGAAAAAGGUUCUUCUGCCUUUUCAUUAGUCCUAGAGCAAUGGGAGAGGUUGCAGAUUGCUGUUGUCAAUCACAGAAGUGAAGAAAUGGAAGAGAGCCACCAUUGUUUCAACUCCUACCAGCUAGAGUGGCUUCCAAAGUAUUUAAAAGGACAGCACAUGGUUUUGUUCUUUUCUUUUUUUCCUUUUUCCUCCUUUUGGAGGUCAGACAUUUAAGGAUUAGGAUAUUCAAUAUCAACUGUGGCAUAUGAGGGAAUUUAUAAAGUCACUGUAUCUGUCCAGAGAAAGAUGCAGGCUCUCACCUCAGGCUGAGUUCUGGCAGAGACACCAUACGGCAAAGCCCUACUUCCCAGUAUCGUCACCCAGUAUCCCUCCCACAUUUUACCAGAGUUGAUCUAUACCAUAUUAUAUGGCAAAAAUGAGGCAUACAAACUCCCAUUUUAGGUUAUUAAAGACACUGUGGUUUCCUUCUCGGGUGCAUUCUCUUCAUCACUUGUCUUACUUGCGAGAAUCCGUGUGAUGAGCAUCCCUACAGAGGCGCACAUAGCAAGGAACUGAAAGCUUCCUAUUAACAGUCAUGGGAAAGAGCUUGGAAUUGAAUCUUCCAGCCUCAGGCAAGUCUUCAGAGGCUGCAGCCCUAGUAGACAGCUUGAGUGCAAUUUCAUGGGGGAUAUUGAGCCAUAACUGCCUACCUAAACUGCUCCCGGAUUAAUGUAAUUUUCUUACAGUGACAAAUCAGAUUAGUGGUUUCCUGAAGACGGUUUGGGAAGGAAGGAGGGCACAAGAAAGCCUUUACAAAGGGUACAAGAAAACCUUUAAUUUCAUAGGUAUAAAUGUAUAACUUCUCCAUGUUAAAUAUGUAUAAAUUUCAAAAAGGCCUUUUUAAAAAAAAGUUAAUGGAUACUUUUGAAACUCAUCAUUCCCUAAUUAUUUUACCCUAUUUUACUAUUAUCUAUGCUUUACCAGUUAUUUACAUCUAUUGUAUCUGUAUGGUGGAAAUAGAAUGCAGUGGUGUGCUUUCUGCACAUCUUUUCCCAACUUCACAUUCAGAGACAUUAUAUUGUAGCUUGAAAUUGGAUUCGUGGUAAACACUACAACUCAGAGCUUGAUUUAUCAUUUCAUUGGUUAUGAAGAUUUUAGAACACAGAGAGUGUGUUAAUAGUUCAGAUUAAACUUAAAAGUGUAUUGACUCGGCAGUUUUCCAUUGCAAACAGCACAAAAUUUUGAAGCAAUACCAUUAAACAGAUAAAUUAAUGACAUCAUUAAUGAAUGACUGAUAUUCCAACAAAUUUCUUUGCUGUUUCAUUGUAUUCUUGAAAAUGAAAAUAGAAACAUCAACCAACAUUUAUUUUAACAAUUGACAAAAGAUAUGAAUGGAUAUUUCACCAAAGAAGAUAUAUGAGAGGCAAAUAAACAUAAAGAAUGCUCAAAAGCAUGCAUCAUUAGUAGAAUGCAAGGUAAAACCACAACAAGAUUCUAUUAUUACACACCUAAUAGAAUGCAAACAUUAAAAAUACUGAUCAUAGCAGUUGUUGGCAAGUAUUUGGAAGGACUGUAAUUCUUAAUUCACUGCUGGGAAGAAGAUAAUAUGGUAUAGUAACUUUAGAACACAAUUUGGCAGUUUCCAAAUAUUUUAAAUAUUCACCUAUCUUGUGACAAAAGCAUUGCACUCCUAGAUAUUAAAACAAGAGAAAUGAAAGCAUAGGCCCAUAUGAAAACAUGUACAUUCAUGGUAAUAGUAGCUUACUUUGUAAUAGCCAGAAAUCCAUGUCUUAACAAAAGGGUUAAAAAGCUGUGGUGUACCUGAGUAAGAAUUCUAGGAAGAUAGUAGAGUAGAAAGCACGAGGAAUUUGUCUCCUCACCUAGACAACAAUUUUACUGGCAAAAUGUAUCUAAUAUAACUAUUUUGGAACUCUGGGGUCUAUUCAAAGGCUUACAACUUCUAGAAGAAAGCUUAGACAGUAAAUUGCAGUUAAUUUUGGACAACUUCAGCCUUCAGCACUGUGGCAACUCCCAUCUUCCAGCCCCUUGCCCUGUGGUAAGCAGCAGUAUGUGUGUCCCUGAAACAGACCGCGGGAGCCUGAGUGGAACCUUGCUUUCCAAAUAUUGAGGACCUAUGCUCUGAUAUGUUUGCUGCUUCUGAUUGCAGAGGUGAAGACACAAAAGUGGGCAGCCAUUUGUGCAACACUCAACCUAUUGUUGCAACCCUCUCCUCUCCAGCUGAAGCAACUUUUAGGGGAUUUAAGGCACUAGUACAUUUUCCUCCUCCAUUUUUCUCUCUUUGAGAGCCAGAUAUUUAGGACUAAGAUAUCCAAAGCAACUACAUAUACAAAGGAAUUUAGAAAGUCAUUGCACAUGGAAAGGCACAGGAUCAGAAUGCAUGAGAAGACCUUAAUUUUUUACCUCAGGCUGAUCCCUAGCAGAGACAGCCUAUAACAAAAAAUUCUUUUAAAUAAAUAAAAAUGGAAAACCCUGAGGAAGGUAAAGUAUGUGAUUUUCAGAGUUCCCACAUUAUUAGAUUCAAAUGUCCAGUGAUUAACAGAAAAAAUCACAGGGCAUACAAAGAACGGGAAAGCAUGGCCCAUUCAAAGGGGAAAAAAAUCAGAAACUAUCCCUUAAAAAAACCUGAUGGCAGAUCUACCAGACAAAUUACCUUUGUUCACAGAUGAUACAAUCUUUUAUAUGUAGAAAACUCUCAGGACACCACAAAAUUAGUUAGAAUAAAUGAAUUCAACAAAGGAUGCAAAACCAACACAGAAAAAUCAGAUGCAUUUCUAUACACUAAUAAUGAACAAUCUGAGUCGGAAAUAAUGAAAAAAAAUCCUUUUAUAAUAGCAUCAAUAAGAAUAAAAUACUUAGGAAUUAACUUAACCAAGGUGAAAACUUGUGCUAUAAAAGCUACAAAGCAUUGCUAAAAGAAAAAAGACAUAAAUAAAUGGAAACAUAUCCCAUGUUCAUGGAUUGAAUAACUGAAUAUUGUUAAGAUGUCACUACUAUGCAAAGCAACCUAGAGAUUUCAUGCAAACCCUAUCAAAAUCCCAAUGACUUUAUUUUUUUUUUGCAGAAACAGAAAAAAAUCUAAAAUUCAAAUGGAUUCAAUAGCUAAAACAAUUCUGAAAAAGAUCAUUGUUGGAUGACUCACAUUUCCCAAUUUCAGAACUUACUACAAAGCUACAUUAAUGAAAACAUGUAAACACAGACAUAAAGACCAAUGUAAUAUAGCCCAGAAGUAAACAUCCACAUAUGUGGUCAAAUGACUUUUGACAAGGGUGCUAAGAUCAAUGGGAAAACUGUAUAUCCAUGUACAAAAGAGUGAUGUUGGACCCUUACCAAAAUAUACAAAAGUUAUAUUUUUGUAUAUACAAAAGUUAACUCAAAAUGGAUCAAAGACUUACAUGCAAGACCUAAAACUAUAAAACUCUUAGAAGAAAACAUAAGACAAAAAAACACAAUCACAUUGGAUUUGGCAAAGAUUUCUUGCAUAUGACACCAAAGGCACAGAAAACAACAAAACAAUAGACAAACGACCUCAUGAAGAUUAAAAACUUUUGUGCAUCAAAUGACAUCAACAAAGGAAAAAGGCAACCCACAGAAUGGGAGAGAAUACCCUCAAAUCACAUCUGUUAAGGGAUUAAUAACCAGAAUUAUAAUAUAGAGAACUAGAACUCAACAACAACAAAAGUAACCCAAUUCAGUAAUGGGCAUUUCUCUAAAGAUGAUAUACAAAUGACCAAUAAGCACAUAGAAACAAUGAUCAUCAUCAUGAAUCAUUAGGCAAAUGCAAAUCAAAAUCACAAUGAGAUACCAUUUCACACCAUCAGAAUAGAUACUGUCCUAAAAACCAGAAAAACAAGUGUUGAUGAGAGUGUAGAAAAAUUAGAACCCUUCUAUACUGUUGGUGGGAAUGUAAAACUAUAUAGCUAUUACAGAAAACAGUAUGGAGGCUCUUCAAAAAACUAAAAAUGUAAUUUCCAUGAUGAAGUAAUUCCACUUAAAGGUAUACACCCAAAAGAAUAGAAAGUAGAGUCUUAAAGAAACAGUUGUACACCCGUGUUCAUAGCAGCAUUAUUCACAAUAGCCAAAAGGCCUAAGUAAAUCAAGUAUCCAUUAAUGGAUAAAUGGAUAAACAAAAUACAGCAUAUACAGACAGUGGCAUAUUAUUAUUCGGCUUUGAAAAGGAAGGAAAUUCUGAAGCAUGCUUCAACACAGAUGAAACUUGACAUUAUUCAAAGUGAAAUAAGCCAAUCACAAAAAGACAAAUAUCAUAUGACAUCAUUUAUAUGAAGUACAUAGUCAAAUUAAUAGAAACAAAGUAGAAUGGUGGCUUUGGAAGGCUUGAGGGAGGGGGGAAUUGGGAGUUAUUUUUUAAUGGGUGUGGUUUCAAUUUUGUAAAAUGAAAAGAGCUCUAAUAUGAAUGGUGGUGAUGGUUACACAACAUGAAUGUACUUAAUACCACUGACCUGAACACUUAACGAUGGCUAAGAGGUAUGUUCUAUGUGUAUUUUCCUGGCUUUUCUUUUUAAUUUAAAAAAUAAACCAUAAAAAAAUGUGAUGGAUUCAUUCAUGAGAACUACUCAGCAGUAGAAGGAACAAGCUAUUCAUGCAUACAGCAUGGAUGAUUCUCAAAUAUGCUGUAUGAAAGAAAGUAGACCAAAAAUAGAUUAUAAAUAUUGUAUGAUUCCAAUUGUAUAAAAUUGUAGGGAAGGGAAACAAAUCUAUAGUAAAAAAAAUAUAAGAGAAGGAAAGGAGGGAUAGCAAAGGGGCAAGAGGUAGCUUUGUAGGUGAAUAGGUUCAUUAUGGUGUCUAUUCCCUGAGUGCGUACAUAUUUUAAAACUUGUCAAAUUGUAUACAUCAAAUAUGUACAAUUAUUGCAUGACAAUAAAACAUUAAAAGAACUUGU